GGCUACACGAGCUUCUGGAACGACUGCAUAUCUUCAGGGCUGCGAGGCUGCAUUUUGAUAGAGCUAGCUCUCAGAGGCAGAGUAGAGCUGGAGAAGGCCGGCCUACGCCGGAAAUCUCUGCUCAACCGCAAGGUAAUACUGCGAUCUGACCAGCCCACCGGUGAUGUCCUCCUCGAUGAAGCACUUAAACACAUAAAAGAAACGGAUCCACCUGAGACUGUGCAAUCCUGGAUUGAAUUUCUCUCAGGGGAGUCUUGGAACCCUCUUAAACUGCGCUACCAGCUGCGCAACGUGCGAGAACGACUGGCCAACAUCGUGAUGAAGGGUAGUCUUGACCCCGAGAACAGAACCUUCCUCGUCUUCGACAUGACCACACACCCCCUCACAGACAAUGUAACCAAGACUAAACUUGUAAAAAAGGUUCAGGACAGUGUGUUGAGUCGAUGGGUAGGUGACCCUCAGAGGAUGGAUAGACGAGUGUUGUCGCUCAUCUACCUCGCCCACGCUUCCGACGUCCUGGAAAAUGCCUUUGCUCCGCUCUCCGACGAUGACUAUGAGGUGGCUAUGAAGCGAGUGCGGGACCUGCUGGACCUGGACCUGGACGUGGAAGCUUCAAAACCCAACGCAAACGACCUCAUGUGGUCCGUCUUCGCAGCAUUUAUCAAAUAACUUCGGCAUGGCUGAGGGCGUGAGCGGUGCAAAAUAAAUAUCAGUGCCUGUGAUGAUUCCAAUGAACACGGUGUGAAGAAGAAUGAUUUCUUUGCGUGCCGUGUGGUGCAUUGUGCGUGGGGAGUUUCCAUUCGUGACUUUCCUUUUCUUGUUAAUUUCCGCAGGAAAUGCGUCAGUUUACGCAUAAGGUGAUGGUUGCUCAGAGCUAUAUAAAGCCAUGUCUUUAAUGAGUGGAACCAAAAGCAAAACAUAUGACAAACUCUCGUAUAAAGCUCCUCUUCAGAAUGCAAUCGUUAGUACGAUUGAGAAAGCACAUUGAUAAUUGAAGAGUGAGCGGAAGGGCCUUCAUAACACACACCUUUCAAUUUCCGAUGGACUUUUCCAGUCGCAUUUGCAAAAUAAUCACUGCACGUGGAAGAGCUUUAUACAAGAGCUGUGCGUUCAGUUCUCUAGCAACAGUCUGCCGAGACGACAGAUUGUUGCUCAUUAAUUUUUCUGCCAUCAGUAUGGGAUGGACGGACGGAUGGAUGGAUGGAUCGAGUGUGUUGAGUCUUACCACUGAUUAACAACUCUACAUUUCAUGAUUCAGCUUAUGAUUUUACGUAUGUAUGCUGAUUUUUGUGUAUUUAUACAUAUGUAGAUACUAUCGUACAAGCAUAUAUGUAUGUGAGGCGCGUGUAUGUGUACUGCUUACUGUAAUAAAAAAUAGUAUUCAGUAUGCUGUAUGGGUGUAUAUAUGUGGAUUGUAUGUAUGUGUUGUAUGCAUAUUGUUGUAUGUAUGUGCAUUGUUUGUAUAUUGUGUGUGUAUGUAUAUGUAUGCAUAAAUGGUAAAAAGUAUUAUCUUAGAGAGCUUCCAAAAUAAUUUUGGACUUCGUCACAAGACUUUGACACAAAAUUAUUUUGUUUGGUCUUUUGUGAUGUCAAGUGGCUUUCUGAAUGCCUUUUUGCUGGUGCGAAAAUUUCCAGAGUGUAUGCAGUAUACAUGAGCAUAUACAUACGUGAACUCUUGGGUACUUUUGGACAUCUAUAUAUAUAAAUUUGGCUAGGGAUUUAUUUUGAGUUUUCUUGAUUCACACUGUAUUGAAUUUUGAGUCGCACAUUAAUAUACUCUUGUUAUCUUCUUUCAAAAUUGGCAGCUGUAAUGAGUCAUUUGGUGUCUUAUGGUAUUGGAAAACUGCCAUAAAAUAUGCUAUUGACAUUUUUAUUGUAAUUGAUUUACAGAUGAAAUUUCUGCAAAUUUCCGGGAAUUUUUAAAAUCCGCGAGUUUGUUAUGGCAUUAUUUUAUACAUAAAGUUAGUGUAUAGGCAGAGGUGUGAUGCUUAGAGUAGAUUAGCAACCUGCAUGGUGGUGGUGCUGAGGUGUGAGGGUAUACAGGGACACACAUGGUGUUGGGGACAUGGAACCUUAAACUCUGAGAAGGACACAGGCAUUUUAUCAAAAUAUUCAUCAGUGUGAGUAACACGCACAUGGGAGGAGACUCAAUCUUACGGCCUUGUUUUAGUCUGACCUGGACCGUUAACUAGUUGCACCCAGUCCUGGCAGUGUGCCUUCAUAUUUGUGAUUCAUUGAGGAUACAUUUAGCCCACCAGUGAGUUCUUCAGUCUACUGGACUGGAGAUACAUUUUGCGCUGGUGGGCAAAAUUUAUUCUCGUUAAACAUCGUGAUAAUUGCUUGCGUAUCUUUCUCACAUUCUUGUUAUCAUUAAUAAACAAAUUUAAUGUUAACUGAUCUUACUGGGAUCCAGAUAUUAGUGUGAAGUUAUAAUUAAUACACCUAAUUUUUUUUUCACCAUAGUUAAGAUUCUCAGUAAGUUAGGCUGACUGACUGAUGCAACAAGUGUGUUACUAUUUAAAAAAAAAUUAUGAAGAGCUGUUGUGAAGUUGCAAAGUGCAUAAGUUUUGCAAUGGCAGAGUACAAGUGCUCCUUGACUUUAUGAUGGUGGGAUAACAAUUACUUCGCAGCUGAAACUUGAGAUAAUUACCCAGCGUGAAGGCGACAAGUCCCUAACUUAUAUUCAUUUAUUCACUUUUCAGCACUGGUAUUUAGUUACAGUAAUUAUUUAUUUACUUGUAUUCAGUGACAAUAGUUAUUUAUUUAGCAUAUACAGUGGACCCCCAGUUAACGAUAUUUUUUCUCUCCAGAAGUAUUUUCAGGUGCCAGUACUGACCGAAUUUAUUCCCAUAAGGAAUAUUGUGAAGUAGAUUAGUCCAUUUCAGACCCCAAGCAUACACGUACAAACGCACUUACAUAAAUACACUUACAUAAUUGGUCGCAUUCGGAGGUGGUCGUUAUGCGGGGGUCCACUCUAUUCAUACUUAUAUUUUCAAGCCCAUAGUAAGUCAAGGACCAUCUGUAUAUAGUACUUUAUUAAGGUUCUUGUUUAAUAUAUUAAGCUUCCAGUAUCUGUAUAUUUUGUAUUUGUUAUUAUCUAUAAGAAUAACCAAAAAUGAACAGUAUAAAAAUAUUACUGGGGACGGUUUUGAAUUGUAAUCUUUGUUAAAUUGUGUGAUGGUGGGUUAUUUAACAUUUUCCAGGCGUCUUGUUCAAUCUGGCAUCUGAACGGAAGAGGCUACAGAAAUGUGCAAUUAAAAAGGGACCAUUAAUGGUAAAAAUUGUGAUGUUGGCGUGUGUCUGGCAAGACAGCAGUUGAAUGAAUGACAGUGAAUGUGUUUCCUCUUUGUGGAGUUAACCUACUUUGGUGGGAGAUGGCCAGGGUAAAAAAAAAAAAAUAGAGGUGCUGAAAAUCCUCUGGCCAGUAAUUGAUGGUCUUGACUCCAGGGCUAGUCAUCAUGGCCCAGGGCUGGUCAUUGUAGCCCAGGGCUGGUCAUUGUAGCCCAGGGCUGGUCAUUGUAGCCCAGGGCUGGUCAUUGUAGCUCAGGGCCAAUCAUUGUAGCCCAGGGCCAGUAAUUGUGGCCUAGGGCCAGUAAUCAUGGCCCAGGGCCAGUCUGACAGGGUAGGGAAGCCUCAUGAAACCCCCUGAAGGUAUACCAAGGUAUAGCUACCACCAUAUCCACCAUAAUAAGCACAAUGGUUGAAGGUGAGUUGUGUAAGGUAGUGAGUCCCUGGGCCUGACUGCAGUAGACCAACCAUGCACCACUACCAUGCUUGGGGCUUAAGGUAAACAUUACCUGGUGAUAGCCAGUAAUGCUGUAAUAUUACGUCGCUUUUUACUUCUAGAUAUUAAGAGAGAUGGUGACGGUAUAAGUGAAAACAAUCCUGUAUACAGAGUUAUUAGCAUGAGUUGUCAUAGACUAAAGAGAAAAGUAAUAAAAAUGAACGAUUAUCCCA